UGGCUCUCUCCACCCCUCUCGUCAUCUCAUUCGGCGGACUCGACUGCGGCGCAGAACGAAGGCAGAACUGAAUAUCACACUCCAGAGCGUCUACAUAUUGGAGAAGGGUUCAAGUAGCAUAAGCCGUCGAGUUUCCGCACACGGGCGUCGACAUCUGCUGGGCAGGAGAAGCCGUGCAUUCGAAUGAAAGCCAAUCGGGCAUAAAAAUGCACUUUCUAGAACUCUGCUAUGAAAGAGAAGCCGUUCCCAGAUGCAAUGAAGGCUGAUCGACUUCGUGAACCAAAGGGAAUUCUCCCGUUGGAACGCGAGCCCGACGAGGAUGCGUUUCUCCCUUCUUUUAUCCUGUCCACCGUCUGGCUCGUGUGUUCCGUGAAGGUGGGAGCAACGCAAACACCUCGAUGCGAGCCUUCGUUCUGCCAUGGCACCAAAAAUAGCCCACAUCAUCAUGACUAUCUAUGCGGUGAUGAACGACUGGGUCCCAAGCAUCUUCCUAACACAUCACACUGGGGCCAACUCCUAUACGGCUACAAACGAUUUGACGGUCUUUGCCCAGCCGAGUUCCUGGCCAAGUGGUACAGAGACGGAGAAUAUCGGCUCCCACGCGCUGACGGCUUCCAACAAUCGACAAAACGCAAGCCGAUUGCGGAAGACCAGGUUCUGGAUCGGGGGAUGCUCGUGGAUUGUUUUGGAACCUUGUACGAAACAUACCUGUCACCCGCCGGAACACCGUUCUCUCUCCGCGCCCUUCCACCGUCGAGUCUCAACACGCCCACGUACGACGAUAUCGCCCUGUACAAUUAUCGCGUCUUCAGAGUCGAGUACCCAUUUGUGGUCAAGUCUGGACCAACGGCCCCCUUCUACGAACAGCCUGGCCAAGGCACAGUGUAUCGGACGACUGCUACGAUAGAUAUGCUCAUCAGCGGUGGUUUCCUAGCCAGGGUGGGAUGAAUUCAGGGAGCGUUCCAGUCACCUACACAGUUCUUGUUGUCGUUUCUGGAAAUGCUCUUUCACAACACCAACGUUCGAUACGACGUACGUAGUGCCCGGCGGUGCUGGGAAUUUCUUCUGUGCAGCCAGCGCAGUAUCCUGUUCCCUUGCCGCUAUUGCGGAAAGAACUCCUCUGGAUUCCCUGCCACAGACAUUCAGGAGAGCAUCGUCGGUGUCAUUGAUUUCCAUGUUAUAUUCUAGCCGUCCGAAAGCAGAUCAAAGCCGGUCGACGGAGAGAACCAAACGACUGGCGCAACGCGUAGCGGAGUAGCCCAAUGGCAGACUGAGCACUCGGAUGAUGAAGGCAAAGUAAGCACUUCACUUUACUCUUAUGAUAUGAGCGGGUUCCUGCGCUUGCCCUUUUACCCUGUAUGGGCUCAGAGCCAUAAAUGGAGUGGGUUAGGCGAAGGCACUUGCAAGAGAAAACGAGCAGUCCACGCAUUCUGUACUAUCUGCCAACACUGCGGAUCGGGAUCGCGGCAGGAGAGAAUGAGGUACCUGAUCCGGCUCACCACUCUCUCACAACAGUUAGUGGGCCAAUUCAUCGGCUAGAACUCUAACGGCGUUAGAGGCUUCGAGUGCCCCAUAUGCGUCAUAGAUUCCGGAGAGGACAAUUACAGACCCCAGUUGUGUCCGGAUGGCAUAGUAUGCUAAUCUAAAAGACAGACUGAUAUUCAACCACUGGAUCUGGCUUAAUCUGAGAUGGAGAGUAUCCGUACUGCCAUCCUGGUCCAUCAAGGGGGAUUCCAAAGGCUACCAAAACCCAAUGCCGUAAGUAAUCUUUGUCCAAGCGUUAGG